UGAGACAUCACAAGCAAUUCAACAGCAAACUACAGCUUGUAGAAUGACUCGCAAAUUUACAAAUAAACAAUACAGAAGUAACAGUCGUGCGAGAAAGUCGCUGUUUUUAAAUUUUCUAAAACGCGGUCAAAAAAAAAACACACACACAAAAAAUAGUGUAAAUUAAAAUACAAUACAUGCACACACACACACUCAAAAAACUACUCUCACAGAACAAUAAUAGUUUAAAGUAAUAACGAAUUGUAAUGUGUUAAUAAAAACAAGUGAACAAGCGCUGAUUAAUUAAGAAAAAAAAUAAGAAAACAAAAAUUUAAUUAAAAUGAUACUACAGGCAUCCCUAAUUGGGGGCUGGGAGAAACUCGAGCUUUGGGAUCAUACCCAUUUGGCUUUACUGGGUUUACUUAUGCUGGUUUGCAUCCUAGAAGUAAUUCUAUUAAAAAUGACUACAUCAGCGGGUUUGUUUACACGUCCACAUCAUUAUGAUCCGGAUUAUGAUGAUUCGGGUGAAUAUGAGGAAGAUAUUUACUAUGAAGAAUUGUCCAACAAUUAUGAUCAAUGGGCCAGGCGACAAAUGCGUUAUCGUCAGCAGCAGCAACAACAUCUACAAGAGGAACAGGAAAGACAAAACAUGUUACAACAACAAAAUCAAUAUAAUUAUUACGAUUAUCCCAGUGAUCAGAAUAACUAUUUUUUAAAUAAUUAUCAUACAAACUCUACGGAAGUAUUUCGUUUUGUCUACUAAAACGAAAACUACAAUUAGUUAGAAUAAUUUUAGUAAAUUAACACUAUACAGUAGUUGUGUACAAUUUAAAUUAAUUGUACAGUGUGUGAUACAUAUGCUGUAGAGCAAAAAACACACAUUUUUAGUAUUAAAACCACUCAGUGGGAAUAUUAAGCCACUAAAUCAAUUUGUAUUGAAAUUUAUCUAGUUGCAAGUGAUUUCAAUAUUCUCUAGACUUAUAUUACAUGCAUUCAUUACAUUUAUUAACGGUUAUUUAUUGUUUGAAUUCGCUUUGCGAAUAUUUGCAUAAUAGUUUUCAUUUUUUAAACGUUUUUAUUUUGUUAUUUAUUAAUAUGCAAAAUGCGUUUGUAUCAAAAAGUAAACUUGUUACAAAAUGCCAAUUGUCAUAUUAUAGCAAAACAAAAAAAAAAAACUGUAAUUAUUAUUUCCAUUUAAGCUAAAAACACAAAUGAAAGUGGUAAUUUAUCUUU